GAACAUUUUCAGCUCCCCUCAAGAGUCAAGUCAUUCCAUUUCGUUAUUUUUCAUAUGAAAGCUCUUCUUUCUCUCUCUGUCUCAAUUUGUACCAGCGAUCAAAAAUAUUGAACCAACGAAGAGCCGUUCAUUUCAACGUAUAUUAUUUUGAUUCAACCCUUUUUACCUUUUUUUUUUUUUCCCUCUUUUUCUUUCUUUCUUCUUCCAAGAAAGUCUUUCGAUUCUUCAGAUGGAAAUCAAUGAAAAUGAUUCUUCAAUUGCUAUUGAAGGAACCGCGAGAGAGAGUGGAGAUUCUUAUUUAAACGGGGGUGUUGAUAUGGAAGGUAGCUCUAAUCGUGAUGCAAAAAGUGAUGAAAAUUCACCUGUUGUUAAUCUCCAAAACGAUAAGCAUAUCUAUAGACAAGAUGUUGUGAGGAGUAAUGAUGGGAGUAUGAUUGGGGUUGUGACUGAAGUUGCAGGUGAUUCAGAUUCAGAAAGUGAUAUUACCGAUGAUGAGGAUGAUGAGGAUGAAGAUGACAAGGAAGAAGAAGAAGGCGAGGGGGAAGGAGAGGAGGGAAAGGAGGAGGGUGGUAAUGUUGAGAAUGGCGGAGAUGAUAGGGUCAGAGAUGGGGCUGGCGAUGAAAGCAGUGAUGAUAAUGAAAGUGCCGGUAGUCACAAAAGAGAUCCACUUACUGGAGAUCAGGUUCGCGUGUUGUGGAUGGAUGACUCAGAGACCAUACUUCACCGAAAUGAACUGACAGUUAUAGAUAGGGGUUUCUUACAUGGUGAUUUUGUAGCCUCUGCUCUGGAUCCCACUGGUCAAGUAGGUCUUGUAGUGGAUGUAAAUAUAUCUGUUGAUUUAUUAUCCUCUGAUGGAUCUGUUGUCAAAGAUGUGUCUACCAGGGAUGUGAAGCGUGUGAGGGAUAUUACUGUUGGUGACUAUGUAGUUUCUGGUCCUUGGCUUGGUAGAGUUGAUGAUGUCGUUGAUAAUGUGACUGUUUUAUUUGACGAUGGUUCUAUCUGUAAAGUAGCGAGGGCUGAGCCAUUGCGGCUCAGACCAAUUGCAAAAAAUUUGCUGGAAGAUGGGCACUGUCUUUAUCAUCCUGGUCAACGCGUUAGAGCAAGCUCUUCCUCUGUAUUUAAGAAUGCGCGGUGGUUAUCAGGUACAUGGAAAGCAAACCGGCUUGAAGGUACUGUCAUUAAGGUGACAGUAGGGUCGGUAUAUGUUCAUUGGAUAGCUUCUGCUGGCUAUGGACCUGAUUCUUCUACUUCUCCAGCAGAAGAGCAGAAUCCAAAGAACUUAAAAUUGUUGAGUUGUUUCACUCAUGCUAAUUGGCAGCUGGGUGACUGGUGUCUUCAUCCAUCCCUUCCGAUAUCUUCCUCCACUCCUUUGGAUAAAGGUUUGUCUAAGUUGCGGCUUAAUGAAUCUAAAUCUGGUCAUCGAGAAUGUGAUGCAGAUGAAGUCAUUCCAGAGGACUCGAAUGGGCAUGUUGAAUUGACGUAUCUUGAUGGGGCAAGCACAUCAGAGAGUGUAGAUGAGAAUGCUCAAAACAACGCGUCACCAAAAUCGAGUUCUUGUGGUAGUUCCUUGUCCAUAUCAAAGGACAUUGUCCAUGAGAAUCGACAUGUUCAUCGAAAGAAAUUUCGUAAAGUUGUGGUUAAGAGGGAUAAGAAAGCACGGAAAAAGGAAGAAAACUUUGAAAGAGCUCUUUUGAUUGUUGGUACUAAGACAAAAGCUGAUGUUGCGUGGCAAGAUGGAACUGUACAGCAUGGACUAGACUCCACAUUGCUGAUUCCUAUUGAAAGCCCUGGUGAUCAUGAUUUUAUUGCUGAGCAAUAUGUGGUAGAGAAAGCUGCUGAUGAUGGCGAAGAUACUUCUGAAAUACGACGUGUGGGGGUUGUCAAAAGUGUCGAUGCGAAGGAGAAGACAGCUUGUGUGAAAUGGUUAAAGCUGUUAUCUCGGCCAGAAGAACCCCGAGAAUUUGAGAAAGAGGAAGUUGUUAGUGUUUAUGAACUUGAAGCGCAUCCAGAUUAUGAUUAUUGUUACGGGGAUGUAGUUGUACGCUUGUCCCCAGUUUUUAUGGCAGAAAAACAUUGGGCAUCAAAUGUUCCUAAUGGUAGCACAGGAGAGUCCGGAACAUAUUCUCAUGAUAAAGAAGGUGAUGCAUCUGACGAGGCAGCUUACAAUGAAUUGACAAAUCUAUCCUGGGUUGGAAAUAUCACUGGCUUAAAAAAUGGUGAUAUAGAAGUAACAUGGGCUGAUGGCAUGGUUUCUACGGUUGGCCCUCAGGCAGUGUAUGUUGUUGGUCGUGAUGAUGAUGAAUCUAUUGUCGGUGGGAGUGAAAUUAGCGAUGAUGCUGCUAGCUGGGAAACAGUUGAGGAUGAUGAAACGGAGGCCCUUGGAAACACAGAAAAGGAACCAUCUCCAGAAGGCACAGAAGUCAAUCCUGAUGCAGGAGAAGACAUCAUGAUUGCGGAGCAUGAUUCGGGAAAUAAUGGACCAUUGGCUUUUCCACUUGCUGCUAUUGGAUUUGUUACCAGAUUUGCGUCUGGUAUAUUCUCUCGUGGUCGUAGGGAUGAGGAUUCAUAUGGCUCAGACGACUCUGUGGAAAUCAGCAGGCAACUAGAGGAUAAAGUAAAUCUAUCUGAUGAAAGAGCUUCUAGCAACGAGUCUAAUUCUCAAGAUCCUUGUGUAAAUGACGUUGGUAGUGGACACAAUAACACGAACAAAAUUGAGGAACCUGCUGAAGCUGAGUCUGCAAAAUUGUCAGAUAUAACUGAAGCUUCGGAAAAUGUGUUGGCCCAAGAAUCACAUACUGCACUAUGCAGUGAUGACAACGUAUGCAGCUUUAAGCGCUUUGAUACUGCGAAAGAUCCCUUGGAUCAUUUUUUCCUUGGUUCCAACAUACCGAGCAACAGUGGCAGGAAGUGGCUUAAGAAGGUUCAGCGAGAUUGGAACAUUCUUCAGAACAACCUCCCAGAUGGCAUUUAUGUAAGAGUAUUUGAGGAUCGAAUGGAUCUGUUGAGAGCAGUAAUUGUGGGAGCUUAUGGAACACCCUACCAAGAUGGUCUCUUCUUCUUCGAUUUCCACCUUCCUCCGGAGUAUCCUGAUGUUCCACCGUCGGCACAUUAUCAUUCUGGUGGCUGGCGUAUAAACCCAAAUUUAUACGAGGAAGGCAAGGUGUGCCUUAGUCUGCUAAACACCUGGACAGGAAGAGGAAACGAAGUCUGGGAUCCACAAUCCUCAAGCAUUCUUCAAGUUUUGGUUUCACUUCAAGGAUUAGUUCUGAACUCGAAGCCUUAUUUUAAUGAAGCUGGAUAUGAUAAGCAAAUCGGGACAGCUGAAGGGGAGAAAAACUCAUUGUCCUACAAUGAGAAUACCUUUUUGCUUCAUUGCAAAACAAUCAUGUAUCUAAUACGAAAGCCUCCAAAGGACUUUGAAGAUCUUGUAAGAGAACAUUUCAAGCAGCGUGGUUAUUACGUCCUAAAAGCCUGUGAUGCCUACAUGAAAGGUUAUCUGAUCGGAUCUUUGGCAAAGGAUGCUUCAAUUACAGAGAAAAGCGAAACUAACGCCACAUCUGUUGGUUUCAAGUUGAUGCUGGCUAAGAUUGUGCCAAAGCUUAUUUCAAAUUUGAAUGAUAUAGGAGCUGAUUGUCAUGAAUUCGAACACCUGCUGUCGCCGUAGUUGCAUUUCAAGAGUCUUUACCGUCAGUUGUUUAAUUCUGCAACAGCUCAAGUUUUUGGGAGCAAAUCUCAGGUCCACUCGUGUGAGUCAAGCGAUAAUCACGGUUGUCUCAUCAAAAUGUGCAGGAUACAGUUCUUUUUGUGCUCAAGCUAAUUUUGCUUAAUGACAUACCUUGAUUCUUUUGUAUUGAAAGGACAAUGAGAUAGGUAUAAAAUCACUUCUCUCUUUGGUCUUUGGUUCGUAUUCAGAAUGUCAAAUGCUUCUCAUGGAUGAAAGAAAGCAUUCUAAACCCUUUUUUUUUUCUUCUGUUUGCUUGGGAGUUGUGGGUUAUAAUUUUUUUUUGAGGGGGGUACUGUUAAUAAACUUGUGGGAAGCAGUUUACAAAAGAAGUAUUCUGUGUUUGUGCUGAUUCAUGAUUGACAUUCUCUUGACAGUAAAAAGAUUGUGACAAAGAAGCAGACAAGCUAGAAAAAUUAGUCUUUCCGCGCAAACAAUGUUGUUUGCGCUGGUUUUUCUUACAAAAUGUAUAAUUAGCUCAUUCAGAUGCUUGAAGUUGUAAUAUCAGCUCAUUGCAUUUGCAUCUUAAUUAUAGAAAUUAUCGAUGACCAUUCGUUA